AGAGACAAAAAAAAAAAAAAAAAAAAAAAAAGAAAAGGAAGAGAUAAAAAUUUGGAGAGAGUGAGACAAAGAAGCUCCGAAGAUAACCAAAACCCAUCUUCGGAGCUUCCACUAAUCACAAAAAAGUAUCAAUUUUUAUCUCCAUAAUUCCCUCUCUCUCUCUCUGCAAAUCCCAAUAGAAAAGGUUCCACAUGAAAAUAUUUGUUUUCUCCAAGGGAGUGAUUCAAGAAACUGAGGUAUUUGGUAUAAGAGGCUAAAAUGCCAUCUGGGUUCCUUGUGAAGUUGAAUUUAGGAUUUAGAACAGCUGCUAUUGCUAGAGAUUCAGCGUCUUUGUUGCCGAAAAGUUCUCGAUUUUCAGUAAGACGUUAUCUUUCUAGAUAUUCUAUGGCUGCUUCUGGUUCUAAAGCUGUUUUUGGUGAUGUUUAUAUUGAUGAUAUGAUUACUAAUUGUGGAAAUGGAUUGGAGAUUUCAAAACCUAGCGGAGUAUUUUUUGCGGAUAGAAGUCGUGCUAGUUGCUUAAAAGCUAGCAUAAGAAUGAGAAACGGAGAGCUUCCUAAUAGUCGUUUGGUUUGCGGGUAUUCUAGUUUUGAUGCAAUAAGGAGAACUGGUCAGUUGAAUUAUUUUGGUGUUGGGCCCUUGUUGAAAAACUUGCAUACCUUGUCUUCUAUGCAAUUUUCUGCUGGAGCUGCUCCUGAUGUAUCGUUUGAUGGAAAUCCUCAUGAGGAACAGUUGACAAACUCCAUGGUGUCCAGCCAAACCCUGAAGCUGCUUUCAGGAUCAUGUUAUUUGCCGCAUCCUGAUAAGGAAGAAACAGGUGGGGAAGAUGCUCACUUUAUAUGUGCAGAGCGGCAAGCUAUUGGAGUGGCAGAUGGAGUAGGUGGUUGGGCAGACGUGGGAAUUAAUGCUGGAGAAUACGCCCGUGAACUUAUGUCUAACUCAGUAAGUGCAAUUGAAGAGGAGCCCACGGGUUUAAUUGACCCAGGAAGGGUGCUAGAGAAGGCACACUCGAGCACUAAAGCUCAGGGUUCAUCAACAGCCUGCAUCAUUGCCCUUACAAAUGAGGGAAUACAUGCUAUUAAUCUAGGAGACAGUGGAUUUAUGGUGGUCAGAGAUGGAUGCACUGUGUUCCAAUCCCCAGUCCAGCAGCAUGGCUUCAAUUUUACAUACCAACUGGAGAGUGGAGGCAGGGGUGAUCUACCAAGCUCUGGCCAGGUUUUCACUUUUCCAGUUUCUCCUGGUGACGUAAUUAUUGCUGGAACAGACGGAUUAUUUGACAACUUGUAUAACAACGAGGUUACUGCUGUUGUUGUUCACGCGGUAAGAGCUGGCUUAGGUCCUCAAGUAACAGCUCAGAAGAUUGCAGCUCUGGCACGCCAACGGGCGCAAGAUAGGAACAGGCAAACACCUUUUUCUGCUGCAGCUCAAGAUGCUGGAUUCCGCUACUAUGGUGGCAAACUUGAUGACAUAACUGUUGUAGUUUCAUACAUAACAAGAUCUAAAAUUGGGUGAUCGUGUCUUCUCCUGUGCGACUGCAGCAAUGGUUAGUAUGCUGAUUCAUUUUUUAACUGGCUUAAAAUCCCUGAGCUGUCAUUUGGCCAAGAAACCUAGCGGAGCAAGUUAUUCAUUAGCGCCUACAUGUAUCUUCGAUCACAUUUUGAUUAAUAAAACUGCAUCUUUGGAGA